UGUGCGGCGGCGGGGCAUGCCCAGGGCACCGGGCACGGCCUUCAAUGGGCGAGGACACGGACACGCGGAAAAUUAACCACAGCUUCCUGCGGGACCACAGCUAUGUGACUGAAGGUAACGUACGUGUUGUCUGAGGCCCCCUCCGGCCGGCCGCGGCGUGGGGAUGCCGUCGCACCGAAUGCCCUCCGAAGCCGAUAUCAUCUCUACCGUUGAGUUCAACCACACCGGAGAGCUGCUGGCCACAGGCGACAAGGGUGGCCGGGUUGUCAUCUUCCAGCGGGAGCCGGAGAGUAAAAAUGCACCUCACAGCCAGGGCGAGUAUGACGUCUACAGCACCUUCCAGAGCCACGAGCCGGAGUUUGACUAUCUCAAGAGUCUGGAGAUAGAGGAAAAAAUCAACAAGAUCAAGUGGCUUCCGCAGCAGAAUGCCGCCCACUCCCUGCUGUCCACCAACGACAAAACUAUCAAAUUAUGGAAGAUUACCGAACGAGAUAAAAGGCCCGAGGGCUAUAACCUAAAAGAUGAAGAAGGAAAGCUUAAGGACCUGUCCACGGUGACAUCAUUGCAGGUACCUGUGCUGAAGCCCAUGGAUUUGAUGGUGGAGGUGAGCCCACGGAGAGUCUUCGCUAAUGGCCAUACCUACCACAUCAACUCCAUCUCCGUCAAUAGUGACUGUGAGACGUACAUGUCAGCGGAUGACCUGCGCAUCAACCUGUGGCACCUGGCCAUCACUGACAGGAGCUUCAACAUCGUGGACAUCAAGCCGGCCAACAUGGAAGACCUCACAGAGGUGAUCACAGCAUCUGAGUUCCACCCCCACCACUGCAACCUCUUUGUCUACAGCAGCAGCAAGGGCUCUCUGCGUCUCUGCGACAUGCGUGCAGCCGCCCUGUGUGACAAGCACUCCAAACUGUUUGAAGAGCCUGAGGACCCCAGUAACCGCUCCUUCUUCUCGGAAAUCAUCUCCUCUGUGUCGGACGUGAAGUUCAGCCACAGCGGCCGGUACAUGCUCACCCGGGAUUACCUCACGGUCAAAGUCUGGGACCUGAACAUGGAGGCGAGGCCCAUAGAGACCUACCAGGUCCAUGAUUACCUUCGGAGCAAGCUCUGUUCCCUAUAUGAGAAUGACUGCAUUUUCGACAAGUUUGAAUGUGCCUGGAACGGAAGCGACAGCGUCAUUAUGACCGGGGCCUACAACAACUUCUUCCGCAUGUUUGACCGGAACACGAAGCGCGACGUGACCCUGGAGGCGUCGAGGGAGAGCAGCAAGCCCCGGGCCGUGCUCAAGCCACGGCGUGUGUGCGUGGGGGGCAAGCGCAGGCGGGACGACAUCAGCGUGGACAGCCUGGACUUCACCAAGAAGAUUCUGCACACAGCCUGGCACCCGGCCGAGAACAUCAUCGCCAUCGCGGCCACCAACAACCUGUACAUCUUCCAGGACAAAGUGAACUCCGAGAUGCACUAGGUGGGCGCGGGGCCCUGUCCCCGAUGCCACCCGCAUGGGGCACAGCCAGGGCGACGCAGGAGCAGCCCUGUCCCCUCCCGGCUCUCCCCACCGGCCAGGCCGCCUCUGCUGGCCACUCUCUGUUGGAAAACAGGAGUAAGGAGGGUUCACAGCCACAAACGGUGAAAUGGACGUGAUUGUCGCCUUGGGGUCCAGGCCUCUGUUCCUGGAUAUAACCUUGUGCUGCCCGUUCCACUGUUAGGACGUGGAUGUCUCCGGGUUCACGGCUUCCCUUCUUCCAGCAGCAACUUUUAGGAGGAAGCGGGCGCCCUAGGAGCCUCCCGGGCCCCCAGAUCAGGGCUCUGGGACAGAUGAUGGACUUGAACAAGCCAGCUAGGGAUUCUUUUGAUUAUCAGUGGAGCAGUUUCCAUUGUCUCAGAGCUGAGGGUUUUCCCUUUGCUUUUUGGAUCGUGAAUUCAUGCUGAGAAUCGGCAGGUGCAAGCUCCUCUUUUUAAAGUCUUUCGAUACCCCGGGUCUGGCGUUCCCUGAGAGGAAAGGGGGCGGUGAAAUCCGCCCGUGUGUGUGUGCCUCUUCUUCUCACCCUUUAUUCCAGCCUUUGCUGAGUGUGGGCCGGGGGCCAGGCACAGUGCUCGACCCGUUGGGCACAUGGAUUCGGUGCCCGCUCUGCGGGGCUCUCCUGUCAUGCUUCCCGGUCACUGGGCACGUCAUGAGAGCUUAUGCCGGCUCAGUCUGUGACCCUUUAAGGUGGGUAUCCAUUCACUUACUCCAUACACACCAGCCCCUCGCUGAGUGCCAGGCGCUGUGCCAGGUGCCUGGGAUGAAAGGUGAAUUGUUAUCAUCCCCACUACAUGCAUGAGGCAACGGGCUCCAAAAGAAUGAACAGUUUGUCCAAAGCACGGACCGGCCAAGUGGUGGAGUCAGGGAUCCUGAGCCGGUCUUCACUUGCACUGGGCGCUUUCUAGUCCACCACGUUGGCAGCUCGUGUUAAAGCAACGUUCUUGCCUGGAAGGUUCUGGAAACACCUCUUCGUCUUGUGAAGCAGAACAGAGCAGAUGGGCAAUGAUGAGAGUCUGGGGUGACCCAAGCCGAGGCACAGAGAAUGGAGAAGACCCCGGUGGUGCCAAGCUCUGUGUGCUGACUUCAGACCCCCCCUCUGGAGUGCCAGGCUGCACCCACAUCUGUACCCCAGCCCCAGCCCUUUGUUCAGGUACUGAGCCGCCUCCAAGAGGAAAUUGCAUGUUAUGACCAUUUCAAGAUACAUUUCCUUUAAUGACCCGGCCUCGGAGGACUCUUUCCUGAUGGCCACACUGAAUGCCGCGUCUCCACAACACCUGCUCCUGCUGCGUGGACCUGGAGACCGGUUCCACCCACCCCACCCACUCCGCCUCUCGGCGUGGAAUUACAGGGAACCACUGGCUGUGCGUCGUGAUUCAGAGAACAGUGCGUGCAGAGGCCGAAGCCAACUUUUUUUUUUUUUUUUACAAGAUGUAACCCAACCCAGGAAACAGACCCACCCGAGAUUUUUCUCAGUGGAUAAUGGUGUACUUUUGUGUGUGUCAAAGCACAAAACGCAUGUGCAUUCACUUCUGGCCAUAUGAUAUUUACACAAGGAAAUGGGUCCAUUGUUUUGUUCUGAUUUUUUUUUUAAUCAACAAGAAUGAAGAAUGUUUGUUUAUAUAUCACUGUAAAAUCCAGGUGACCUGGACAGUAUUAUAUGUACAUAUCUAUUCUAGUUAAAAUUAACGAUCACAGGAUUGCAUUCCUUUUUUCCCCCUUUGUAAAGAGGUUCAAGAAUGUGGUGCAUUGUAUAGAAAUCUCGUUGAAGCCAAAAUCCAGCUCUGAGGGCCUUACACAACUACGCGGAUAUUUGGCACAAUCCAUUUCCCUUCGUGAUUCGGACGCUAAGAGGAGACUUGCAUUUGCAGCUGGAGGUUACUGUCAGGUCGUGGGUUUCGCAUCUACCGUCUGCAGAUUACGACUCUUACACUGCAUUCAGAGGGAGGUCCUAAUACAGCUCCUGCUUCUUCACUCUGGUUUUAAACUUUGGAUACCAAACCGAAAAGGAAAAGAAAGAAAGAAAAAGAUCUUGGAGGAAAAGCAUGUCUUCAGAUCCCUGGAAAAUCAUGAUGUCCAAAGCAAGUUGUGAAUAAUGAUACAUGUUGGGGGGGAGGGGCAAGACUAGACACGGCAGACGGGCCAGUAAAAUUGUCACAAACUCUGCUUCUUACUCUGUUUAAAAUUUCUGCUCUUGAAUGUAUGAGCGUUCACAUAGUCAUUGUGAAGUUGUUGGGUCGUUUCGUUUUUAUUCUCCUACUCUGAGGACUGAGCUCUGGGUGGCGUUGGAUAUGUGGUGGUAGGUAGACAGACUCGAUCAUUUUGAACUCCAUAACUCAUGGGUGCAUUCUGGUUUUUCUUCGGUAUCGCAGAUUAUCCAACUGUUGAAUAAAAUUAUAAAUAUGUUAAUACCAGCUUUUUCCAAUAAAAUAACAAAUGUUACAUCGAAAA